CACGUGACGGCGGCCAUGCUGUCCGGGCCGCAGGGACUCCAGGCGGAGGCGCCACGUCACGUGGCGGCGGCCAUGUUGCCCGGGCCGCGGCGCCCGAGUGGGUUCGGCCUGCUCCUCCUGGUGCUGCUGCUGCUGCCGCCGCCGCUCCCGGCCGCGCCUGGCACCGACGAGCCGCGCUCGGCCUGGGCCUGGCCUGGCUUCCCGCGCCUGCGGGAGCGGAUGCGGGCGGUCGGGGACCUCUCCAAGCGGUACUGGGCGCUCCUCAGGUGCCAGGUGUGGCCGGACCACUGCGAGGAUGACGGGGAUGCAGCCGCGGGGCCCCCGGGCUGGAGCCUUCCCCUGUUGGGCCAGCAGUACCUGGAUGUGCUGACCACAUGGUACUGCAGCUUUCAGGACUGCUGCGACAGCGGGGAUUGCAGGAUCUCCAACAACUUCACAGGCUUGGAGUCAGACCUGAAUGUGCGACUGCAUGGCCAGCAUUUGGUCCAGAAGCUGGUCCUAAGAACAGUGAAGGACUACUUAGAGACGCCCUGGCCAGACAAGGCCCUGGCUCUGUCGUUCCAUGGCUGGUCUGGGACAGGCAAGAACUUCGUGGCACGGAUGCUGGCGGAGAACCUGUAUCGGGAUGGGCUGAAGAGCGAUUGUGUUGAGAUGUUCAUCGCCACAGUCCACUUUGCUCACUCCCAGCAUGUGGACCUGUACAAGGAGCAGCUGCUGGGCCGGAUCCAGGAGACACAGCAGCUCUGUCUCCAGACCCUGUUCAUCUUCGACGAGGCCGAGAAGCUGCAUCCGGGGCUGCUGGAGGUCCUUAGGCCACACUUGGAACGCCGGGCCCCUGAGGGCCACAGGGCCAAGUCCCCAAGAACCAUCUUUCUUUUUCUCAGUAACCUUAGGGGCAAUAUCAUCAACGAGGUGGUCCUGAAUUUGCUUAAGGCUGGAUGGUCCCGGGAAGAAAUUACAAUGGAACACUUGGAGCCCCACCUCCAUGCUGAGAUUGUGGAGUCCACAGACAGUGGCUUUGGUCACAGCUGUCUUGUGAAGGAAAACCUGAUUGACUACUUUGUCCCCUUCCUGCCUCUGGAGUACCGUCACGUGAGGCUGUGUGCACGCGAUGCUUUCCUGAGCCAGGAGCUGCAGUACACUGAAGAGGCGCUGGAUGAAAUCGCCACAAUGAUGGCGUACGUCCCCAGCGAGGAACAGCUCUUCUCUUCUCAGGGCUGCAAGUCUAUUUCCCAGAGAAUUACCUACUUCCUGCCAUGAAGGCUAGAUAAAGGAGGGCCAGACUGGUCCAGCUAUCACCAACAUACAAGUGGUGUGUAAAAGGAAGUCCUUAUGUUAGAAGUAGAGCCAAUUCUUAAGCUUACUUGGUGCCUUAAAGACACACAUUACAAAACGGUUAGGUGGUGGGAGACAGCAAACCCCAAGGGCUCCUUACAAGUCCACAGAUGGUCUCCUUUGCACCUCAGCUCCUCCUUGCAGGUGCCUGGGCUUGGGUGUUGGGCCUCAGAGGCUGCAGGAUCCUUGAGUUGCAGAGCAGGGAAGAAUGAAGUUCUGUGACCCGGGAGUGCAGAGUAUACCUCAGGUUUGCAAGCUGGCUGGGCUGGCUUUCAAGUGGUGACUCCCAGAGGAAUGUUGAGUAGCUUCUGUUGCUUCAACAAAGCCUCAGGCUGAAGGGAAAAGUGCACAGAGGAAGAUCCUUUUAAAGUCAGUUCAGUAUCAGCUAAGACUUACUCUUCUACAGAUUGAAAAACAUUUUUUAAAAUUUGGGGUCUUGACGUGACUAUAUCAUACAUAAAGAUUAAAAUUUUGUAUUUUUCUAGA